CAGCCCCGCCCCUCGCCAUGGCGGCGCCCUGCGCGGAGAUGGAGCCGGCGGCGCCUCCGGCCUCUCCCCCCGCUCCUCCUGCGGUCGCGCCGGGCUCGGCCGGGCUCGUGUGCGCGCAGGGCCGCAACCUGCGGGCCGUGCUGUGCCAGCGCUGCGGCUCCCGGGUGCUGCUGCCCGGCGCCGCCACCUUCGCCCGCCGUGAGCUCCUCCUGCCCGCCAUGAGGAAGAAGGCGGCGGCGGCGGCGGCGGGAGGCGGCGGGGACGUGCUGCGGGAGCACUGGCUGGUGCGCGACAUGUUCUCCUUCGAGAACGUGGGAUUCACCCGCGACGUGGGCAACGUCAAGUUCCUGGUGUGCGCCGACUGCGAGGCGGGGCCCAUCGGCUGGCACUGCCUCGACGACAAGGACAGCUUCUACGUGGCGCUGGAGCGCGUGGCCCACGAGUGACGCCGGCCCCGGGCUGGGAGCCGGCCCGGCCGCCGGGAGCCCCGCCAGCCCCGAGGCCCGGCAGCCCUGCGGAGUGACCGCGGCUGGUCACCCCAGAGCCCGACUGAGCACGGCCCGCCUGCCCCGCGGCCUGGCUGGCCACAGCUUGCCUGCUCCCCGGUGCGACUGACCCACAGCUCCGCUGGUCACCCCCUUUCCCAGAUCCACAGGCUGAACAGCGUCAGGAAUUGCAGCCCUGGCACAGCCAGCUCCUCACCUGCACCCACGCGGGAAGAGUGUUGGUGGUGGGAGGGUCCCUGUACCCUGCAGGGACAGCUCACGCUGACAUCUUUGCCCCGUAGCCCAGUCUGCCCCAGUCUGGCUGCUCUACCACUUCCCUGGUGGCUGCUGUUGCUCCAGGGGGCUGAGGUGUCUCUCGUGCUGGUGACACCAUGUAAAUGGGGGCACUGGGACAGGGCGCUGCACAGACAGGACUGCUGCACUGAAUCGUGGCAGCUGAAACGGUCUGACCUGCAGCCACAGCAGUUCCAGGGCUUAAGGCUGAAUCUUGAUUUUCAGAAGGAAUGUUCGCUGCCUCAAGCUCUUACAUUUAUGUUCUCCAAAACCUCAUCCCACCUGACAGCUGUGGCACCUAAAGUGAGUGUAAGGCAUUCCAACUAGCCUGUGCAGUCCUAUUAACUGAGUACUUGGGAGCAAAACACAGGUAGAAUGUGCAGACAGCGUAAGCUGAUAGAGCAGCAAACAAAGAAAAUGUGCCAGACCAUAGAGCUUUCAGGCAGCAAGAGUGAAGAGAUUCCAGCCUGAAAAGCACCUGAAUCAUUGGACAGGCAGUGCUGAAGCAUGUCAGAACAUAUGUGUGUGUGUUAAACAGUGAUCUCAGGAAGGAAUUUUCUUCUGUAAAAGCUGGUGGUGAGAAUGAUCUGGGAUAUUGUGACCAGUUUUGGUUUCUGCCUUUUAAAAGCUGGGCACAGAGCUAAUUAAAGAUGGAAGGAGGCUGCAGCAGCCGUGGUUCUCCCUGCAUUUAUCACUGCUGGUAAUCGUGGCCCAGCUCAUUCUCCAUUGCUGAGCCCUGUAUGAAUGAGUGACAGAAGAGCUCUCCAGGGAUGCUUUGGGCUCCCUGGUGCUGUGCCUCUCUGUGGGACAUCUCCCUGUCCUCUGCUCAUAAGCACUCGGAUACUAACCCAGCUGUGAAGGCACAGCUGUCACCGUGCUGGGGUGAUAGACUUGUUUGUGCCACCAAACUCAAGGUGGGGUGUAGGGUGCUGCCCCAAGGCUGUGGGAAGAACCUUUCUCUUGCCCCUCUAAUGAAACAAUUUUGCUGGCAGGGCUCUGUAGGGCAGGCACAGCCUCAGAUGAGUCUCCCAGAAGAGGCAUCCUCACAGCAGGAGGGACAGAAACAAGUCCCUUCUUCCUGCAGUGCUUGAGCACCUGCACUUCUGUGAUUUGGAGACACUGCCUCAAUGUGUGGCCUUUUCUGGGGUGCUCUGUCAGGAACCUCUGCUGUGGGCAGUCAGGAUUUGUCAGAGCAGGGAGAGAGGCAGAACUGUGGUCUGGGGGCUGAGGGCCUUGCUGGGGCAGGAGGCAAAUCCUGUCCUGUGUCCUUGCUAAAUGUGUCACAUGGAUAUUUGUCAUGGAGACUGCUUCUUCCCUUCUGCCCUUCCUGUCUCUUAGCCCUAAGCCCAAGACUGCACAGGAUAUGUGCCUCAAAGGACAAGAGAGCUUCACUUGGGUUCUGCACAGGCAUGGCAAAAUGGUGGGAUCACAUCACUAAUUUAACCUUUUCAUUUGGAUUGUUGUCUCUUAGGAUAUGUGUUCUGAUCUGUAAUACCCCAGUUACAGUCCAUGUUACUUAAAUGUGCUGUAAUACCCCAGUUACAGUCCAUGUUACUUAAAUAUGCUGCACUGCUCACACCUCAUUUUGAAGGAGCCACUGUGCAGAACAGACUCGAAAUCAGUCGAGUAAUGCUGAG